AUGCUCGGAAAAACAUGGCUCCUGCUACUAAGCAGUCCAAUAUGUGUAGUGGCCCAGUCCGCUGCGGACUACUAUGUCAAGUCCCUUCCCGGACAGCCCGAUGGUCCAUUGCUGAAGAUGCAUGCUGGUCAUAUUGAAGUAGAUCCGGAAACAAAUGGACACCUUUUUUUCUGGCAUUACCAGAAUCGCCACAUUGCGAAUCGACAGCGCACUGUCCUCUGGUUGAAUGGAGGGCCAGGUUGCAGUUCAAUGGAUGGAGCUCUGAUGGAACUUGGACCAUACCGUGUGAAAAGCGACCAAUCGUUAGAGUACAACAAUGGAUCCUGGAACGAGUUUGCAAACCUCCUUUUCGUCGAUCAACCAGUUGGAACAGGCUUCAGCUAUGCGAACUCAAACAGUUAUAUUCAUGACUUGGACCAGGUGGCCAAUCAUAUGGUCACAUUCUUAGAAAAAUGGUUCCGACUCUUUCCCGAGUACCAAAGCGACGAUCUCUACAUAGGGGGAGAGUCUUACGCCGGUCAAUAUAUACCUUACGUCGCCAAAGCAAUUAUAGAUCGAAAUAAAAAGUUUGAAGCAGGAUCUGACGCAGUGUGGAAUAUCAAAGGGCUUCUGAUUGGGAAUGGGUGGAUUUCACCUAUUGAUCAAUACCCGGCCUAUUUGGAAUUUGCCUAUGCCGAAGGUUUAGUCGAUAAGAACAGCGAGAUCGGAGCCGACCUUGACCAAAUGCAGAAUGUUUGCUCGGGUUUGUUGACUGCUGAUGGCGCAGAAAACCGAGUUGAUAUUUCCAAGUGCGAGAAUGUUCUCACAGCAAUGCUCAAAAUGACGCAAACUUCAAAUAAUCAGUGUAUAAAUAUGUACGACAUACGACUACGCGAUCAAACUUGCGGGAAUUCGUGGCCUCCAGAUCUUGCCAAUGUAACGCCAUAUUUGCAAAGAUUAGAUGUUGUGAAGGCCCUCAAUAUUAACCCUGAUAAGGCAACUGGCUGGAAAGAGUGCUCGAACUUGGUGGGAAAUGAAUUCAAUGCAAAUCAAUCAGUGCCCUCGAUUCAAAUUUUACCAGAGAUAAUUGAGUCUGGUGUUCGCGUUUUGCUCUUCAGCGGUGAUAGGGACUUAAUAUGCAAUCAUCUUGGCACAGAACGAUUGAUUAACAACAUGAGAUGGAACGGUGGAGUGGGUUUCGAGACAUCACCUGGGAUAUGGGCGCCUCGUCGUGAUUGGACCUUCGAAGAUGAACCUGCUGGAUAUUAUCAGCAAGCCCGCAACCUAACGUAUGUCUUGUUCUAUAACGCCAGCCAUAUGGUACCGUUCGACUGGCCCCGGCGCAGCCGUGACAUGCUGGACCGUUUCAUGAAUGUUGAUAUUGCAAGUAUCGGCGGCUCUCCAGCCGAUUCGCGACUUGACGGAGAAAAGCUGCCUGAAACUUCCGUCGGUGGUCACAAGAACAGCACAGGCUCUGCCGAGGAUGAGGACGAAAAGCUGAAAGAUGCGGAAUGGAAGGCAUACACAAAGUCAGGGGAGGCGGCCCUCAUCGUCGUUAUUAUUGGGGUGACUGUGUGGGGAUUCUUCAUUUGGCGCAGCCGCCGGCAGCGUCCUACUUAUGAGCCUGUUUAUAGGGAUGCCAUGUCCCCCAACGGCAGUUCAACGAUGCUCAGUCGAUUUCGCAAGAGCGGGCGUUCGGGCAGUCGAGAUAUUGAGGCAACUGACUUUGACGAGUCUGAACUCGACCAACUCGACCGAUCACCCAACAUGGACCCAAGUCACUAUGUCAUUGGUGAUGGUGACGAGGGCAGAAGCUCUCACGAGGCUCUAGGCGGCGGAAGCCACCAGGAACAUAACCCGUAG